UCACAUCUCUAAUAACAAAUUCUGCGCCCCAACGGGUGACGUGCGCCAAAUCUCGCCAAGAUUUAGAGAAACAGGACAUUAAAACAACAACAAAGUUGGCUUUUUCUUUAAUUGUGUGUGCUUGUAGUGAGCUGUCUAGUUUGUAACGGCGUAUAUGUAGGCAAAAUGUUUGGCUUUCUAAAAUGGUUCAAGCUGCGCUUUGUUAUGUUGGCAGUUGCCGUUGUGAUUGGUGUUUAUCGCACAGAAAUACAACAGGUAUUGCGAAAUCUCACAGAUCGCUAUCUGGACCAUUCGGACGGGAAUAAGGCAGGUAUUCCCCUUCAGUUUCAAGAUCCCAACAAUGAAGCGUCUGUCAACUUGCCACUUUUCACACCCGAACAAUUGGCCACUUAUAAUGGUGAGAAUGGAGCCCCCAUCUACCUGGCCCUUCUUGGUGAAGUGUUUGAUGUGACCCGUGGGGCCAAGCAUUAUGGCACUGGCUGUAGUUACAAUUUCUUUGUGGGACGCGAUGCUUCGGUCUCGUUCAUAAGUGGCGAAUUCGAUGAGUACGAUCCUGAGACAGCGGAUAAUGUUCUCACCUUGAAGCCUAGUGAUCUCAUUGGAUUAGCCACUUGGAAGGACUUUUAUACUAAGGAUUAUGAGUACAAAGGCAAGCUAAUUGGCCGUUUCUAUGAUGAAAAUGGACAGCCCACAUCUUACAAUGACCAGUAUUUGGCUCAACUGGAGCAAGCUCAAAAAGAAAAGACUCAGGCGGAACAAUUGCUUGAAAAAUAUCCCGGAUGUAAUAUUGAAUGGUCGGAGGCCACGGGAACCCGGGUAUGGUGCACUCCAACAAGUGGCAAUGGCAAGGAACGCUCAUGGACUGGAUAUCCUCGAAAACUUUAUAGUCGGAGUACUACAAAUUUUCAGUGUGCAUGUGUGCCCGAGGAUCAAGUAGAUACAUUGGAUGCGGCAAAGCAAGUGAACCAUGGAGAUCCUAUGUUUAAGCCGUAUGACAACUGUGAUAGACAUGCAACAGAAUGCUUUUAUAGGGUGUAGAGAAACAUUAAUUAUAAUUGUUUUUGUAAAUCUGUUUGUUACUCAUUAUGUUCUAGUAAAUCACAAACUAAACCCUU